AUGUUGUCAAUGGGGAAAGAGAAAGGCGACGAGAGCCCUGUCUCGUCGUCCAAGGACGAGGAUGUCAUGAUGGUCGAGUCAACGUCUUCAACCGUCGGUUUCGAUGAGAAGAUGACCAAGAAACUGGUUCGCAAAAUCGACCUAUACCUCGUUCCGUUCUUGGCCCUGCUAUACCUUUUGAGCUACCUCGAUCGCACGAAUAUUGGCAACGCGAGACUUGGUGGAUUGGAAGCAGAUCUCGGCAUGACGGGCUUGGAUUACAAUAUCGUCCUUGCAGUCUUCUUCCCGACUUAUGUCCUCGCAGAAGUUCCUUCAAACAUGAUGAUGAAGCGUUGGAGACCUUCGAUGUGGAUUCCCACUAUUAUGGUCGCUUGGGGUAUCACGACGACCUUGAUGGGUUUAUCUCAAAGUUUUGGUGGACUUGUUGCCGCUCGCAUGGCAUCGCCACAAAACCUUUCAGGUCGUGUCCGUGCUGGUAAAGAUAUCAAUGCUGACACCGAGCCAGCUCUUGGACUUGCUGAGGGAGGUCUAUUUCCUGGAGUAACUUAUUACAUUACAAUGUGGUAUAGAAGGCACGAGUGCGGCUUCCGGAUGGCUCUUUUUUACUCUGCUGCAACUGCUGCUGGCGCAUUUGGUGGUCUCCUUGCUCGUGGCAUCAUUGAAAUGGCUGGCGUUGGAGGUCUCAGUGGCUGGCAGUGGCUUUUCAUCCUAGAAGGCAUACUAACAACCAUCAUCGCUGUUAUUGCAUAUUUCGUUAUGAGCGACUAUCCAUCUACAGCAAAGUUCCUUACGCCAGCUGAACGACAAGAAGUAACGCGAAGACUAAAGUACGACCACAACGGACUUGCAGAUGAGUUUGAUAUGAGAUACUUUUGGGAUGCAGUCAAGGAUUGGAAGAUAUAUGUGCACAUGCUCAUCACUCUGGCCAUAUACACCUCAAACUACUCAGUCGCCUUGUUCUUACCGACGAUUAUCCGCACUCUUGGCUAUAGCAACAAUACAGCACAGCUGAUGACUGUACCACCAUACAUCUUCGCAUGCGCAACAUGCAUCGGCGGCGGUAUUCUUGGCGACAGAACGCGCCAGCGAGGUGUUUGGAUGAUCAUGUUCUGUUGUUUUUCCUUGAUCGGACUCAUUAUGCUGAUCGUGUCUCACAACAACAACGUCAAAUAUGCGGCGGUCUUCUUCGCUGCUGGCGGCUUCUUCCCGAAUGUCCCGAUGGGAGCAGCUUGGCAGGGCAACAAUGUUGGAGGAAGCUUAAAGAGAGGUGUUGGACUCGCCAUGCACGUUGGCUUCGGCAAUCUUGGUGGUGUGCUCUCUUCAUUUGUCUUCUUGUCAAAAGACAGCCCUCAGUUCGUUCAAGGUUUAGCGAUUCUGAUCAGUCUCAAUGUCAUGGCAGCCAUCUUGGCAGGCGUCAUGACUGUAUAUUAUCGACGAGAGAACGCGAGGAGAGAUAGGGAACACAAAGCGCCUGAGGCCUACACCGAAGACGAAAAGUCGUUGGAGCGAACAAAGGGCGACUAUGCUACUUUCUUCAGAUAUACUAAAUAG